AUGCGGGAUCGCAAAACCCAUGGAUGGUGGCUUGAAGCUCGCCGCCGUCUCCGACUCCGACGACGCCAUUGGAGCUCUCCGAGGUACUCUUCCAUCAUCCCUUCCUCCCCUCCGUUGGCGCCUGCCACCAGGGCCACCUCCAAGGCCCUCCAUCUCCUCAUCCAUGGCGUCUCUCCCAAGCCCCGAGGCCUUGCAACCCGACCUCUGGCCUCCAUUCCCAUUCCCUCUCCAAUCGACAAGGAUUAUCCAGCUGAGUUCCCGGAAAAGACAUCAGCCGGAGAUCUCUACCUCAAUUUCAAACUUGCGCGCGGUUCUGAUCCGCCGAUCGGCGCUAGCCCUUCCCGCCGUCAUCCCAUUGCGUACAACCAGCUGAUGAAGGCUUUUGGGCGUGCCGGCGAGGUCGAUCAGGUUUUGAGGCUGCUCCGGGAGAUGAAAGACUCCGGCUUGACUCCAAAUGUCUUCUGCUACAACACUGCUAUCAAUUCCUUAGUGUUUGCGGAUCGUCGCGUUGAAGCUGAAGAGUUGUUUGAGGAAAUGAAGUCAUCUGGGGUUCGUCCCAAUGUCUCCUCUUAUAACAUUUUGGUAAAGAUGCAUUCUUGCUAUUCGUUUCAAUUUGAUAAGGCUUGUAGUGUCAUUGAUGAUAUGGUGAUAAAUCGUUUAAGGCCGGAUUCAAUGACAUACUCAACGUUGAUCACCGGGCUGUGCAGAGUUGGAAGAAUUGAUGAGGCUUUGGAUUUUUUGGCUACCAUGUGGGAAGAGAACUGCCCACCUAGUGUUCAAACUUUUACUGCAAUUGUUCACGGUUUUUGCUUACAGGGUAAUUUAGAUAACGCAAGGGGGUUUAUGGAGUUUAUGGAUAGUAAACAAUGCCCUCCGAAUGUUGUGACUUAUAAUGUAUUUGUUGAAGCUCUUUGCAAAGUUGGACGCUUUGAUCAGGUGGAGAAGGUUUUAGAAGAGAGCAAACUGAAGGGCUGGAAGCCGAAUGUGGUCACUUAUAAUACAUAUAUGAAUGGUCUUUGUAAGUGGGGAAAGGCCAGAGAUGCAUUUGGGCUAUUGAAUGUUAUGCUUGAGAAUGGGUUGUACCCUACUGUUGUCACAUUAAAUAUCCUUCUUGAGUGUCUCUGUCGAGAAUCAAAUUUUUUGGUGGUGAAGUAUUUACUGGAAAGGAGCUAUGAAUUGAAAUGGGAUAUUGGUGUUGUUGGAUAUAACACGGUCAUGAGCUGCUUGUCAGAUGCUGGAAGGUGGUGGGAUGUUCUUAAGCUUUUUAUUGAUAUGGUGAAGAAGGGUAUUAACCCCAAUACGAGGACAUUCAAUAUUUUUAUUCACUGCCUUUGCGAAGCUGGGAAUUUUUGCCUUGCAAAGCAUCUCUUUUACAAGGGAGGGUUUGUUGCAGAUGUUGUUACUUACAAUACAUUAAUUCAUUGGUUUUACUUGGAAAAGAACAAAAAAGAAAUUCAGGCAUUGGAAUCGAAAAUGGUACUGGAGGGUAUUUCCCCUAAUAUUAUCACGUAUACUAUUCUGAUCAAUGGCCUUUGUAGAGAAAGAAAGUUUUCCGAGGCGACGAAUUUGUUUCUUGGAUCUUUUGAGAUAACAGACUGUAAAGUUGGGGACUUAUUUGAUCUGCUUGAAGUAAUGUCCAGGCAAGGUUUUACUUUUGAUGCAUUUAUAUUCAAUGGGAUAAUCAGGGCAUUUUGCAGGGGGGGAAGUUAUCAGAGUGGUGACUUGCCUAAAUUAUGUCUUAUUAUUGACAAGAUUCUCACAUUCCGAUGAACUUCCCUUGCCACUGCACCGGAUGUGUUUCUUGCUCAGGAAUUAUAAACCACAGAAAGAUGAAGAAGCUGUGCUUUGUCAUCUUGAUGGUCUUCCUUGUGUUGUGGAUGGAGUUUCUACUCUCAAGACUGGGACUAUAUUUUCACAUCAUGUUCUUUCAUUAGUGAUGAUACAUAAACAAAAUCAUUUUUGUGUACUUAAUUCUUUCUCUGUUCACAAAAUUGCAGAGGAGAAAAAUUCCGGAGGCUUAAAUAUAUCCGGCCGGCCGAGAUUACUUAAAAAAAUUCCGAAAGUGCUUGCUUCUUUUUUUUUUCCUCAUGAGAAAAAGAAGUCUUAUGUGUAUUGGAUCCGCUUAGGAUCAACAUAUAUGGGAGGAAGCCAUCUUUCUUACUUGAUAAUAUAUGUGCUAUCUUACUUGCUUAAUAAUGUACUUACUAUUAAUAUUUUCAAAAUUUUUAUGUGGUCAUUUGACCCCAUAAUCUCUAAUGUGGCUCCGGCCCUGAAUGAUCUGAGGGU